UUGUGCUCUUCUUACUGGAGGAGGCUACGCAGAGAAGGUGGCAGUACCAUCCGAGCAUGUCCUUCCACUCCCUAAAGGUAUCUCUUUGGUAGAAGCUGCAAGCUUUCCUGAGGUGGCAUGCACUGUCUGGUCAACUGUUUUCAUGAUGAGCAAGCUUUCACCAGGGGAAAGUUUCCUCGUCCAUGGGGGAUCAAGUGGAAUUGGCACAUUUGCUAUCCAGAUUGCCAAACAACACGCGGUAAAGGUUUUUGCUACAGCAGGAACUGAGGAAAAAUUAGCCGCCUGCAAGAAUUUUGGUGCCGAUGUUUGCAUAAACUAUAAAACCGAAGACUUUGUUACGCGGAUUAAGGAAGAAACAGGAGGAAAGGGUGUUGAUGUUAUACUUGACAACAUCGGUGGCCCAUACUUUCAGAAGAACCUUGACAGCUUAGAUAUUGAUGGGAGGCUUUUUAUCAUUGGUUUCAUGGGAGGCACAGUAACUCAAGUGAACCUUUCAUGUUUGCUUGCAAAACGUCUUACUGUACAAGCUGCUGGAUUGAGGACUAGAAGCCGCGAGAACAAAGCAGAGAUCGUUCGGGAAGUAGAGGAACAAGUUUGGCCGGCCAUAGAAGCUGGAAAAGUGAAGCCCGUUGUUUACAAGACUCUUCCCCUGGCUGAAGCAGCACAAGCUCAUAAACUAAUGGAGAGCAGCGCUCAUAUCGGCAAAAUAUUGCUAAUUCCAUGA